GUCGCUCUGUCCAUGUGUGCGUUUGUGCAUCAAACUCAUAGUGCAUUAACGCAAACGUGUGCGUUUAAUAAAUAGCUAGGUGGUGGUUGGGUCGGACCGUCUUCGCAUCAUCACGACCUUGGCAAUGGACAAGUGCUGUCCGUCGUUAUUCGAUAUUUAAAUUUUUUGUUUGUUAAUUAACCUUUUUUUGUGUUUUGUGGGAUCUUAUGUGAUUUUUUAUAAGUACAAAGCCAGCUAAAAUGGCUAGUGCGUUGGCCUUAACGGUCCUCUUGGCAAAUCUCUUGACGUUGAAUUGUCAAGAAGAGGAUCAUAGAGAAAACAAAUUAGAGCAAGCCGUCGCCACCGGAGAAAAUCAAGCUAGCUAUUCAUACAGCUAUGGAGUCGCAGAUUCACGAACAGGAGACAUUAAGACCGUGUGGGAGACUAAGGAGGGUGAUACCGUAAAAGGUCAAUACAGUGUCGUACAACCCGAUGGCUCUACAAAAACUGUAGAAUACUCCGCAGGACCUGAUACAGGUUUUAAAGCAGUUGUUAACAACGAAAAUGAACAAAUUAAUGACGCCACCGGUAGAAGUGUCCGUGAAGAAAGGAUAAUGAGGGAUUACGAAAAGUUUUACGAUUACCCUGAAGAGGAGGAUCCAGAGUAUCACCACUCAAGACACAGAAUAAAAAAUAAACCACAAUUCGAAAAUUUCCGCGAUUAUUCAAAAAAAAGACCCAGUUACUACCCACAAGACUUAGAAUCCAGUGACUUCACUCAUAGCUACUCUAUCAAGCAUCCUUAUGAUCAACAUCCAGCUGAAUCUCAUGUUGGUUUUAACAUUGAUCCCAAUUGUAAAACAAAACACAAGAAAGGAAAUAUAGACAAUAAUGCAUUUUCAAGUAUUCUUGACCACAAUUCAAAUAAACAGACGCAUCCAAUGCCCGAUUAUAAUGAUGAUUAUGAAAAGUUUGAAAACUUCGAAAUUGAAAAAAGACCGAAUCCUUACAGAUCAGGGUACAAAGGUUCAAAGUACGAAGAUAUAAACAAACCAGCUUCAUCUAUUAAACAUAGUUAUCCAUCACUACCAGACGCACCAUUACCUGAGAAGUUCUACCAUGACGAGGUACCACCGCGUCCUAAAAAGAAAUAUAGGCCAAAUAAACAUUCAGAGUAUAAUAGCGAUAACUUGGAUGAUUAUAUUCUGGUACCAAAGAAGAAAUAUAAAACACCACCUAAGGAUGACGACUACAAUCACGAAACUUAUGAUGACUAUAGACCUCAUUACCCUAACGAAGACGAUUCACACGAGGACCGCUAUCAUCAUCCCCCACACGGCAGCCAUAGUCACGUCCAAAAAGAAAUCAUACGCAAAGUUGUGAAAAAGCGAAAACCAGUAAUUAAUCUUCUUGAUAUGUUUGAUAUAUAAUUUAUUUCACAAAGUAGAUCAUAAGGUAAUGUUAAGUAGAUAGCUAAGCGUAGGCAUAAAAGUGAUAGACUGAAUUUUUAUGAUUAACUCUCGACACAAAUAUUACGAUGAAGUUCAGACCAGUACUAUAUUCUAUAAGUUUCGACAUUAAAAUCCAA